AUGCAUCCUCAUGUACAUGGUAGACAUGAUCCUGCAGCAUUAAAAUACAAAGCUGCAUGGGAAGACGCCACAAUGGCUCAACAUGGGCUUCUUCGCCUCAUGGACAGCACUGUCAUAUACGCCUGCACAUUGAACUAUCCUAAGGAUUGA